AUCGGCGUUGGAAAAAAAGUUGGCCGACCAUUUUUCAGAGAGCACCAGAAAACCCGGCCAGGCCCUCUGUCGCCGGCCACGUCCCCAACCGCCAUCAUGUCGUCGUCCUUCUUCACCACCCCGGCCUCGCUGCGCAAACGAAAGCGCUCUGACGCCCCCGCCACGGCUCCCAAACGGCGCAACACUGACACCAGCGCCCGCCGCGCCGCGCGCGAAGACUCUAUCAGUGGCAGCGAUGUAUCUGACGAUGACGGCGAGCCCUUCUUUGACGACGGCGACGACAGUGACUCGGAAACCUCAGAGGAUGAGAAUGAGACAGCCGCCGAGAAGCGCCUCCGCCUGGCAGAGCGCUAUCUCGACAACAUCCGCAACGAGGUCGAGCAAGAAGUGGGCUUCGACGCCGAGCAGAUUGACAAGGACCUCAUCGCCGAAAGACUGAAAGAGGACGUCGCAGAGGGCAAAGGAAAAAUCUACCGCUCAAUUGCCGACCAGCUCGACUUUGAGCGCGCAUCGCAUGCCGCCGCCUCCUCGGGCCUGCAAAAAGCCAUAACAGGCUGUGCCGUCAAGCUGCCCCACGCAUGGACAAUCAGCAAAGACCUGGUCGUCGAGAAGUGGGAGAUUGCCGACCCAAAGUCAUACGCCCCAGACGCCACCCGUCCGUCCAACAUCACGCCGCGCAGGACACCCAAGAGAAUGCUUUGGCGCAAAGGGAACAAGAACAAAAAGGGCGACAGAGCCUACCUGGGCCACACUGGCGAGAUUGUGUCCAUUGCAAUCUCUGAUUCGGGAAAAUACCUAGCCACUGGCGACAUGCACGCACGCUUGAUCAUUUGGGACGCCGACACCCUCACGCCUCGCCACCUGUUUACUCGCCAUCGCGAUGCUGUCCUCUCCCUGUCCUUCCGACGAGGAACCGAACAACUCUUUUCUGGAGGAGCAGACCGCGCCGUCAUCGUUUGGAGUGCUCCAGAAUCCGCAUACAUUGAGACGCUUGUGGGACACCAAGACUCGGUCAUUGGUAUCGCCGGUGGGCUUGAGCUCAAUCAAGAGACUUGCGUCAGUGUAGGCGCCCGGGACCGCACUGCGCGUCUGUGGAGGGUCGUCGAGGAGAAUCAACUGGUCUUUCACGGUGGUGGCACGGCACGACAAAAGGGCAUGGACAAACUGCGCAAAGGCCGCUUUGGCAAGAACGUUGACGGAGACGACGCCAAAGACGACAUGGUCAAUGGCACGCACCAAGAUGAUGGCGAUGCGCCCAUUGCCUACGCAGAAGGCUCGAUUGACUGUGUUGCGCUCCUCGACGCCAGCUUGUUUGUUACAGCAUCGGAUAAUGGCGCCCUUUCGCUGUGGUCGAUCAACAGGAAGAAACCUCUCUUCACCUAUCCGCUUACUCACGGUCGGGACCCGCCACUUUCGCCCGAGGAAAUGUCAGCCAACCAUGAUGCCACCACGUCGGCUCGCCUAGGACCGCGUCUGGCACGAUAUGUCACCGCGCUUGCUACAGUGCCCUUCGCCAACCUUGUCCUUACAGCAAGCUGGGACGGCUGGAUACGUGCUUGGAAAAUCGCCGACGACAAGAAGAGCAUCGAGCCCCUUGGCAAGGUCGGACACGUGCCUCUAGAAGAAGAGGGCCAAACCAUGAACGGCAAUAGCGAGCAUGGUCCCAUCUUGAUUCGGGGUAUUGUAAAUGGACUUUCGAUCCAAGAAAGAGGAGACAGGGGCAAAGAUGGACUAUGUGUCGUAGCAGCCGUAGGCAAGGAGCCCAGGCUAGCUCGAUGGAUGUCAGGAAAAGUCAAAAAUGGCAUCUACGUUUUCGAAGUGCCGCGCAAAAUACUGGCCAAUGGCGCUGCUGACAACGACGACGAGAGCGAGGAUGAGGCGUAAUUGCAAUGAAGAGAAAAAAAGCAUUCUUGCAUUGCCAGGCGUUUUGUAAAUGCAUUUCAUACUAGAUACCAAUCUCAUUCUGUGCUCUUGGGCGACUCCACCC